AUGGUAGGUAGUAUGAGUGAAGAUGACGAAGAGCUGUCCGAACCAGUCAUACCUCGAAUCGACUUGGAACUGGCUUCAGCUGGUAAGGAGAAGGCCUCUGCCAAGCAAACUUCACUCACGUCGUUUCUCUCAGCCCCACCUAGCGGUGGGCGAUGGAAGCCCGUACAUAAGGCACCGCCUUCUAAAAAGAAAGUAGAAGUCGUCAAGAAAAAAAUAGCAAUUGAUCCACAAGAGUCUCCUAAAGCCAGAAAAGUCGCGUCGGUUGUAACUGAGGUUUCGAGUGACGAUAACGACAAACGUGAAGAUGAACAGAAACGGCUGGAGAAAUCAAUAGAGAGGGCUAAAAGGAAGUCAAUCAAGCAGUAUCUAGACAGUGAUUCGAGCAAAAAGGGAAAACUGAUCCAAUCGAUGAAGGCAUCGGGAACUCCUAGUAGAGCAAAACGGAAGAAGAGCCCCACACCCGAACCUAAAGUGGAUGUUGUCGAUUCAAACGACGAAACUGCUCCUCACAAUACAAAUGGAGAAAACGAAGCGGAUUCAGCAUCGGUAACCCCUAUUGAAGAAGUGGCAAGAGACCUGGAAGUGCUGGAAGUCCAUAAAACACCCGCUUCGCGGACAAAGAAACGAUCAAGGUUGUCCACACCAAGGAUUCUUCAGAAAAUACGUUCAUCCAUGAGUGUGGAUGAUUAUCAAGACACCGAUUAUAACCGAACAGCGUAUAGCACUCCACGAAGGAAAGUUGCACGUCAUCGGUCCUACUCUCCUCUGAGCUUCAAGUUUGACAAUGACGAUGCCGGCAUCACUACGACGCCCGUGAUUCGUCGAAGAAAAACAGAUGGUGAGACAAGUGUUUUUGAUCUGGAUAUAACACCUGAGGACCACGAUCUAAUCCACAAUCUGAGCCAACCAUCUACAUCUGGAUUGGCAGCAGCUGCUGCGCAAGGCUUACUUAGCGAG